AUGUCAUAUAAAGAUAGUGUUGCACUUCUAGAGGUUGUAACGGAUAAUGCUUCGACAACUUCAAAUGAUAUUAAUGAAAAUUCCGAUAGCAAGCGCUUUCAAAUCAACAAGAUCUUUUCGUAUAACAAGACAGAAGAACAUAUAGACGAGCUUUAUAAAGAUGCUCCUUCCAAAAUAUUAAAAUCCGAGAUCAGCCAAAAUAGCGAUAAUGUUGUUACUCUAAAUAAAAUUGAAGUUAACGAAAAAACCAUGAUUCGCAUAGAAUAUCACGAUCCGGCGCAAAGUCAAAAACAAACUAUUGGUUAUUUCGAGAUAGGCACUAAAGCGAGAACAUUAAGGAUAAUUAUCUUGGACGCGCUUAAUAAACUUAAACGUAAAACAGAGAAGAAACAUAAUCAAGCACCAUCAAACACCAUUUCUUCAAGUUUGCCUUCUAAUGAAAGAGAAGCUCAUAGCUCG